UAAGGUGGGGGAAAUCUCCUUGGUUUCCUGAAAGACCAGAAGAAAGGCUCUGGCUUUUCCGGGGCCAAGAUAAUUGAUAGCUAAGCAGAUUCAGCUCUCCAUUUCAAAUUUUUUGUGCCGCCCGCGGGGAUUGAUUACUUCAAUCGAACGAACGUCUGCUGGCGUGGAAGAUAAACGCAAGUAUUUGAUGAUCCGAUGCGUUGAAUGUUGGUGUGCUCGGAUUUUGAAAGUGCAGAGGGUGGAGGAAGAUCAUGGGGUGCUUUCCAUGUUGCAUGUCACAAGAGGAUAUCGACGGAGAAUCGGGCAUUAACGAAAAGCGUGAUACAAAAACUUCCUCCUUCAGUAAGCUCUCCUGCAAAUCAGAUAGUAGCAGGCGACGGUACAUAACGGAAGAGAUACAAAAGGUGGGAAAGGGAACCAUCUCCGCCAGGGCUUUUACUUUCCGUGAAUUGUGCGUUUCUACUCAAAACUUCCAUUCUGAGAAUCUGCUAGGUGAAGGAGGAUUUGGGAGGGUGUACAAAGGGCACAUCGCAAGCACAAAUCAAGUAGUUGCGGUUAAGCAACUCGACAGGAAUGGAUUCCAAGGGAACAGAGAAUUUCUUGUGGAGGUUUUGAUGUUGAGUCUUCUUCACCAUCCUAACCUUGUCAAUUUGGUUGGAUAUUGUGCUGAUGGGGAUCAGAGGAUUUUAGUUUAUGAGUACAUGCCCAAUGGUUCCUUGGAGGAUCAUCUUCUUGAUAUAGCUCCACAUAAAAAACCUCUGGACUGGAAUACCAGGAUGAAAAUUGCCGAAGGUGCAGCAAGAGGGCUUGAAUACUUGCAUGAAACAGCUGAUCCACCAGUUAUAUAUCGUGAUUUCAAAGCAUCAAACAUACUAUUGGACGAGAACUUCAAUCCAAAGCUUUCAGAUUUUGGCCUUGCAAAGCUAGGUCCAACUGGGGAUAAGUCCCAUGUCUCCACCAGGGUGAUGGGAACCUACGGCUACUGUGCACCUGAGUAUGCACUCACAGGUCAAUUGACAACAAAGUCUGAUGUGUACAGCUUUGGAGUGGUGUUUUUGGAGAUAAUCACGGGAAGGAGGGUCAUUGACAAUACAAGAGCAACAGAAGAGCAAAAUCUAGUUACUUGGGCACAACCACUAUUUAGAGACAGAAGGAACUUUACAUUAAUGGCUGAUCCGUUGCUUGAAGGACAGUACCCUGUAAAGGCUCUCUACCAAGCUCUGGCAGUUGCAGCCAUGUGUCUCCAAGAGGAAGCCGAUACUAGGCCUUUGAUCUGUGAUGUUGUUACAGCUCUCGAAUUUCUAGCAGUGAACGAAAAUGAAGAUCAGGCCGAUGAUGAUGAUCAGAAAGAUGAUGGCAAUGAAGCUUGUCCUGAUAGAAAUAGCGGUGGAGAAUCAGAUAUCGAGACUGAUGUAGAUGAUGAUGAUAAUAUUGAGGAGGUGGGGAAGAAGAGACAGGAGAAAGGUGCCAAUGGAUCAGUUAGCUUUUGAAUUGUCUGAUGAAGCUUUUAUCAUGUUGCAUCUGAGCUGCAUUGUAAAAACUUUAACAGAACUACAUCCAAUGCCAUUAACUCGAUUAUCAUUUUUGACUAAAUCAUGAAAACUACCUCAUGAAUUCCAGAUUCUAUCAUCUAUAUUAAAACCUAUGCAACUGCUGUAUACAA